AUGGAGUCAGAAAAAGCUGCAAAAAAAGAAUUAGAUGAACCUAUGGAAAUGGAUUAUGAUUCUGAUUCUGAUUCUGAUUCUGAUUCUGAUUUUAAUUUUGAUUCCGAUUUGGGUUCUGAAUUUGAUUCUGAUUCUGAUUCUGAUUCUGAUGUAUGUGAAGAUUGGAAGAAUGAGUUUCUUUCUACAUGCCUUAAAGAAUUUAAAUUUAAUAGCAAUGAAAAAAAUUCAGUUAAUGAAAUACAUGAAAAAGCAAAUGAUUUGAAGUACGUGGUGAAUCUCUGUGGAACUAAUUUAACACGUUUAGAUGUAAAACAAUAUCCAAUUUCUCAAAUAAUGCCAAUAAUUAAUGCUAAUUGUCCAAAUCUUAAGUCACUUUCAUGUGCAUUCAAAGAAAUAAUGAGUCAAGAUUUUGAAAAUUGUUUUUCUAAUAUGUCUAAACUUAAAAAGCUGUCGAUUGAAUGGCAAUGUGAAAAUUCAACUCCACUAAUGACUUUAGCCAAGUCAAUAGAACAAACUGGUGGAACCUUAAAAUGUUUGAAACUUUCAUGUACCUUACAAGAAAAUGAUAUUUUCUCACCAGAUUCAUUGGCUUCGGUAUUUCCUCGACUAACUGCUUUGACUUAUUUGAAUAUAUUUGAAUUUGGGCUAAGUCAACUGUUACUUGAAUCGAUAAGUAAAAUGAAUAAGUUGACUGAUCUAUUAUUGAAGUCUGGGUGGCCGGAAAAUCAUCCAAUGUUUGAUACAUCAAUCAAUAUGUAUCCAAUUGGGAAUAUGAAAAAUCUCAAGUGGUUAUAUAUUGAUUGUGAUUAUGGCAUUACAGAUGAAUUUUUGAUAAAUCUUUGUAAUAAUGCUAAAAAAUUAACGGGUUUAAGUAUGACUGGCACAAAUAUAACGGAUACUGGUAUCAGUGCAAUUAAUAAUUUAGAAAAAUUAGACCAGUUCAGUAUUAAUUUAGGUUAUCGUCAACGAAAUGAAUUUAUCACUGAUGAAUCAAUUCAAUGUUUAUUUAAUCAAAAAUUGGACUACUUGGAUAUAUCAAAUUGCAUUAAUGUUACUGAUAAAUCAGUAACUUAUGAAGCUGUUGAAGAAAUACAAGAGUUAGGAAAACAACGUAAUAAACGAGUAAACGUACGUUAUUCUUUUGAAGUUUAUCAUGAUUAUUUUCGAAUCAAUAGUGAAAUUGAAUAA